AUGUCUCAGGCUUUGCUGACCUUUGGUGUGGCAAGUAGUUCAGCUCUUUUGGUGACUGCAUUACUGGCAGCAGCAUGGAUGGUCAUGGAUAUGGGAAGGUAUGAGGACAACUUCAUGAACGGACUUUCAAGCUUCAAGGAUGAGUCUGGUGUACUAUGGGACCAAAUGAUGUCAAAAGAUAACCAACGGUUCGCAAGAGAAGCAAGAAGACAUAAAACAAAUCGAAAACAUCGCCAGCAAGCUGCUCAAACGCAAUAUGCAGAGUCUCCUGUAGGCGCUGGAGCUAACGGAUUCGGUGGAGACGAAUGCUCAUGCCCUACCACAUCCUGCCCAGCGGGCCCACCAGGACCACCUGGUGCCAACGGAAUGCCUGGAGGUAAGGAUUACGGUAUGUUCUGA